GUUUUCCCAGUGUGCACUGCGCAGAGUAAGCUGCAGUUCAAAGAUGGCGCUGCGGGGGAAGUCCAGUCAAACGAGUUCUCUGUGAUCACCUGUAAAACGAUGACCUAAAAAAGACGCAUCCAAAAGCUAUUUAAUAAAACAGAAGACACUCUAGUCUGUCUUGGCAUUAGUGAGGUAAGAUGCCUUCUCCUAAAGCGCGGAGCGGCUCUGGGCGCAGCGGUAGCGUCCCGUGCACCGGUGGAAACGGGCGCUAUGAGUUCAUUUCUCUGAGCCGAACUCCCCCACCGCCGCAGCUGCUGCAGAGGCAGGGUUCAGACCCCACCGCGGCCCGGCUCAGAGCCUCCGAGAGCCCCAGCCGACGCCGCGGAUCGGGCUCGUCGACCUCCUCCACCGGUGGCGGGCAGCAGUUACCCGAGGAGGACUGCAUGAAGUUAAACCCGUCUUUCUUCGGCAUAGCGUUCAGCUCCCUGCUGGCCAUCGACCUGUGGCUGUCGAAGCGGCUCGGGGUGUGCGCCUGCGAGGACUCGUCCUGGGGCAGCGUGCGGCCGCUCAUGAAGCUCAUCGAGAUCUCUGGGCACGGGAUCGCGUGGCUGGCCGGUGCCGCGUACUGCCUGUAUAAAAGCGACAGUGUCGCCGGUCAGGAGGUCAUGCUGAACCUGCUCAUGGCCUUGGUACUGGACCUGGUCCUGGUCGGCGUGGUGAAGGCUGUAGUGCGGCGCCGACGUCCUGCUCAUAACCGUAUGGACAUGUUUGCCACGUUCUCUGUGGACCGCUAUUCCUUCCCAUCAGGCCAUGCCACACGUGCUUCAAUGUGCGCCCGCUUUCUGUUGGCCCACCUGGUUUUGGCGGCCCCGCUCCGCGUUCUUGUCCUGCUCUGGGCCACUUUAGUUGGUUUUUCUAGGGUUCUCCUUGGACGCCAUAAUGUGACGGAUGUGGUGUUCGGUUUCUUCAUGGGCUACUGGCAAUAUAAUUUAGUUGAGAUUCUCUGGUUGUCUCCUGUCAUUUUGCAAAGCACGAUGGGACAGCUUCACUGAGAAUUUAAGACUGAGGAAAGGGAACAUUUUGGAGGAUCUAGACUGUAAUUCCUUGGUGUUUAUGUUAGUUUUGUGCGUCUGCUAAUUUGAAUGUAAAAAUGAAUCUCUCAGAUCAUCUGCCAGUAAUUUCCAGGUUUAAAUUAGAUUCUACAGAUAAAUCAGUGUCUAAAGUGUUGGAGAGCAGUCUUAUUUUCCACCACUUAAAGAUUUGUUGCCUCACGCUCUCUUACUUUACGUCUUUAGUGUCAAUACUGUGAUGCUAGAUAGAUUAUGCCAGUUUUUUUUUUAAUCAUUUGCCAUUGUGCUCUGCUUUUUUGAGGGUUGGUGCUUAUCAAAAAAGGAGGAUGAUUGGGGCGACCUCUGGCUUUUGACUUCAAUGUUCUUGUUUACAGAAUAAAACCUCAUCUUUGUGAUUCUACAUAUUUAUAUCACCUUAAACAAUAGGCGUCGUCAUGAAGAUUUUGCCUCCGUUUUAAUAAAAAACCAGCCAGAUCUCUAAUUAACAUGAAAAGCUAUUCAUUAAUGAAUGUUUAAUUAGGCGAGGGAGAGGAUUUGAAACAUCGGGGUGAUUUUCAGCGCAGCUCUAAUACCUUUAGGGUAUGUGGCGUCCUCAAUAGAUAUUCACAGGGAAGUAGUUCUGUUAUCUCUGAAGGGUUAUAUAGGGUUCCUCAUUGCUCUGAUAUCUAUACUCUGAAAAAACUAUUUUGUGUGCGUUUUAAAGCUCUAUUCUGUGUUUGUUGGUUUGUUUUCUGUUCUGUUGCUUUAACUGUGACUGCUAGCCACUGAUAAAUUGCAUUGCACUUUUUGAUGCAAUCUUAUUGGUCUAUGAAGUAGGUCUAUUUCUGUUAUAUUUUUAUAUGAUGGAUUUUAAUUGGAUUACAGCCUCAACUGUGAUUAUAGAGCCAUAAAUCACGUUAUAUGCUGCAAACUUUUGCCGUAAUCACAGGAGAAUCUGUCAUAAUAGCCGCUUUUCCACUGUUGAGCCAGCAAAAGCUAUGGGCCGGGCUGGGCUAAUAGUCUCGGACCUGUAGCACCUAGCCCAAAACCACUCUGUGUUUCCACCGUCGGGAUAGAAGCUCCACAGUGCUUCACUAAAACCCGCCUGUAAUUGAACAACGUCACACAAACCCAUCAUUUCACCAACAAAUGGAAGUUUUAUCAGAAAACUAGUCAGAAAGAAAUUAACUAGCGAGAUUGCAAAACGAACAUGAUAAAAGCGGCCGUUUGUUGGCAUUUUUGUAGUUUACUUAAACAUUUAAAACCCAAGCAUUGAUGUUUUACAAUAAUAAGUGAUAAAUUGAUCAUAAUUAAUUAAUUUGUGUUAUUGCACAUUAGUCACACAGGAAUAAAGUGGUAUUUACCGUUAUUUCACAAAAGAAAGGACACGCGUACUUGUUCAGUCACGUUUGUUUCUGUUUAUUUGUAGUCUGUGUUUACAUCACAUAUAGAAAGAAUGAUAAUUUCUACAAAUUGUCCACCAAAAACAUAUUCCCUGAGGAGAUUUAUCACUCUCUCCAGUGGCAGUCCCAACACAGUUGUAUUUUCAGACAGAGAAACAAAGAUAGCUCCCGAAAAACCGGAGUUGCUUUGUUUUAUGACGCAUGCGACGCUAAAUUGAUAUCAGACAGUCCGAUAUAAAGAGACGAGGCGUACUGACAGAUAAAAUAAAUACUGUGAUAGCCUGUAUGGUUUGUCUGAUUUCAAGUGUUCAUUUUAAAACGCAUUGCGUGCAAAGUCAAAGUCUUCUGCAUCACAAAUAAAUAUUUCUGCAUCGCAUGGGGACACCGGAUCAAAAACCGAAGUUAUUUCAAACACUGUCUUAAAGUGAGUUGAGCUAAAAUGAUUUGAAAAGUCUUUAAUGCUGAUGUCAGCUGGUAUAUGAAAUCAUGGAAAUGUGACUGGCACCGGGAACACACUAGCACGCUCGCUUUUGGCCUGACAGUGGAAACGUGGCUGUUGGCCAUUUGGUAGCAUUAAGCAGGUGUAAAUUUCACCAUGAUGACAUUCAUAUUUACUAAAGGACCACCUGUGCAAAAUAAGUAGUGGGCUGGUACUGUGCCACUGCACUUUGACAUGCCAUUUUACUGAGUGAUUACAUAUUUACAGGUAUGCACUUUUUUUUUUGACAUGAUGCUAAUACAUGUCUGAAUACAAUGGUGUUACCUGGUACAUGUUUAAAAGCCAUGGUAUUACCAUGGGCAAUAAUGCAACAUUUUAUAAUUUUACAUGCAAUAUUUUCCCCGUUUUAUAUAUCUUACGACUCGUUGAAAAUUGAAAAUGAUUUGGUCUUACUCUUCCAUUCUUUUUAUGAGUCACCCUCUUGUAACCAAGUUUGGCUAUUCUAGUGAUUCCAGUGAAUAUAACGCAUACAAUGAAAUUACAGAGAAAUAUUUGCUUCCAGUUUGAAGGAAAUUUGUCCUCGCAUAAAUUCCCAAACCCAUUAAUUAUAAGGGUGUGUCAACUCUACACAUUUCCGCCAUGUAUAUCUUGUUACAUUCCACUUGUUAACUGGUUAUCCAAAACUUUAACUUUAUUUUAGUGUCUCUCUCCCAUAUAGCUUGUUACUAUUACUAUUGUGGUGAUAAAUGUGUAAUUAUUGUUUUAAAUUUCAGUUUAAUUCCACACAUUUUUCUUCACUGUAUCCUGAUGAUUGAUUUGACACGCACUCCAUUCAAAGAGAAGUGUCACACACACACAGCCUUACUGGAAUAAAUGUCAGCUCAUAGUUCUGAGUCUUUUAAAGUACAGUGGCAUCAAAGAUAUUAUAAAUCCACCCUAAAAUAUAGAGCUCUUUUUUUCUUCUUCUUUCUUUGAAAUAUGUCUACUCUUGCAGUGCAUUCCAUCAUAAUGAUUCACUGUAAAGUAUGUGUCUGGUGAAGGUUGUGGGCGUUUUGACAGUUUCAGGAGAGCAUAUGCACUUUUUCUUGUUCUUUCUUGAAAAUGCAAUUGUUCGAUCAUUUGUGCAAUAUCAAAAUACAGACAGAUGGCAACUAAUAAAUAGAAAAUAUUAUUUUUAAAUUGCAAAAAUUUUGUGCUGUUUUAGUGAUGUUUGCAAUGGGACACUGUAUAUUGUUCCCCCCCCCCCCCCCCCUAUUGGAUAUGGAGAGGGAAUAUGGAAGACAUUUUUAUUUGAUAUUUCAGGUGUUUGGAGUCAUUUUAAUUGGCUUCAUCAGCUAUUUUCAUCUGACAUUUGAUCGUUGUUUAGUCUUCAGUGAAAAGUGUGGCGAUUGUACAUUCAUCACCAAAGUGAAAACUAAAAGGGAUUUAUUAGCUUAAUGUGGUGCCUGCUUUGACUGUUCAUUUGUGAUGUAAAAUAUACUCUACAUUGAUCAUAAUGUGAUUGUAUUUUCUAAAUAAAUAUGAAGAUGCCAUGA